UACCUAUCGGUAUGCCUAAUUUUAAGAACAUUAUGAUCAUGUAAUUACGCCGGAUUUGUCUCUCAACAGAGGUUAAGUGGAAGAGCAGCGCAUUCUGUGAGCUGAACUUCGCCUCUGAAACUUUUCCAUUUAUUAUAUUUACUCAAUUGACUCAAUAAAGGCAUUUAUUAUUAUUAUUAUUAAAUAAUGGACUUACCCUUAUGUUAAUGAUUGUUGAGGAUUCAAAUGGGUUAUCAGAAGUUGUUGGUGUGUGUUUGAUAGUUAAUGAAGAUUAUGACAGUUUCAAAUGGUUUUUAACUCAAUUUAAAAAACACAAUGAAAUCGCGUCGAGUAAAAUAAAAUGCUUUAUGACAGACAAAGAUUUGUUACAGAGGGAUGUCUUAAAAGAAAUAUUUUGUGGUGUUCCAGUGUAUAUAUGUUUGUUUCACGUUCUAAAAACUUUUAAAAGAACUGUGACAACUUCGAAAUAUGACAUUUCAUCAUCAGAACGUGACACAUGUUUAGAACUUUUAAAUAAGUUAGUUUAUAGUCAUUCAGAAAAUGAAUACGAUGAACUAUACAUUGUGUUCUGUGACACUUGCCCGCCAAGUGUAGUUGAGUAUUUUAACAAGAACUGGCACAACAUUAGAUGCGAAUGGACUUGUUACAGCAUGGUACAUGGUAAUUUAAGAAAUCGUACCAACAAUAGAUUGGAGUCAUUAAAUCAAAAAAUUAAAGACGUUGUGCCACGAAAUAGCUCUUUAUGUUUAUUUCUUAAACAUUUUUUAAAUUGGUUAAGAUCUCAUUGUGAAGAGCGAAAUAGUAAAGUUGCAAAAAUUAUUACACAAUUUGAUGAAGACAGCUGUGAAAAAAAAUAUUUGGAUUUUCUAACACCUUAUGCAUAUGGAUAUGUUCUAAAGCAAAUUAAUCUCAGUAAGAAAGUAGCUAUAACUGAAGAUGAUGAACAAUACAAGGUUAAAGUUAAAGACAUUAUGAUAUCAGUACAUACUGCUACCUGUGAAUGCUCCGACUUCUUAUCAAUGUUUUUACCAUGUAGACAUAUAUUAUCUUUAAGAAACUAUCUGAAAAUGGAUUUAUUUUGUGAAGAAGCUUGUGCGGAAAGAUGGAGAAAACAGUUUUAUCUAAAAAGUCAUAGAGUGUUAAAUGACUCGCAUAUAGAGAAUGUGCCUUCAUAUUCAGUUACAAAUGUGAAAACUGCGAAAAUUCUGAACCCAACCGAGAAACGAAAAAGAGCAAAUUUGAUUGCCAAUGCUAUUGUUAGUAUAGCUUGUCUUUCUUCAAAUUCACAGUUUGAAUAUAAACUUGACUGUUUAAAAAAAAUUGAACUUUUGUGGAGGCAAGGCUAUGAGGUAUAUUGUCUUUUUUUAUAGGCAUGCAUUCUUUUGUGAUCUACAUUGACUUAUUUUAGGUAACGAUUAAUAAAGUAAGCAUCAAUGAAGAUGAAAGUGAGCACUCGGAAUUAUUACUUGACGAAAUUGUGAUGAAUGAAAUCCCAGAAACUUCUACUAUUGGGAGAAAUUUGAAUAUUUCCAUGAUCACGCAAGGUGCAGAAAAUUGUGGUGCUUCUAAUAAUGCCACAGUUACUCAAAAUUCGUAUGUAUAUGAAGAAAGAGUAAGAAUCUGUGAGAUGGAUCAAAGUACUGACAUUUCUGCCUGUGACUCAUUUAAUGUUAAUGAUUUAAAUGAAAUUCCUACAUUAGAGAAUGAACAUACUGUUGCCAGUGCCAGUGCCGGAACUGAUUACAGUGAAGCUGUUUUUACGGAAACUCAAGUUGAUGAUUUGUCUACUAUCAUUAUGCCCAGUAAGAUUAAAAAACGAGGUAGGACUAAAGGGUCAGAACAAACUGUUAUUGGCUUGAAAAAAAGAAGGACCAUUAAGAUUCCAACAAAAUUUACGUUGAAAUCAGAAACCAUGCAAAAAACUCAAAUUCUCAGAGAAAUAGUUUCAAAUGACGAUGCCAUAAAACAAUGCUUAGAAGGAGAAUAUAAAAUUAAAAACAUCGACUUGAAAGAUUUUAAAUGUUUGAGACAUGUCAUUUUCGAUCCAUCAUUUAAUUUGGAUUUAGUUAAGGAUUUGUUUGAACUAGGGGCUUUUGAAAAUUUAAUAGACUUUAUUGAACACAACAAGGAAAAUCAUGAAUGGUGUUGUGCCACUUGCAACAAUGCAAUUGCCCAACUAAAAAGCAUAUGUUGCGAUAGCUGCUUGAUGUGGUACCAUUUUCGAUGUGUAGGAUUAGCAAAGACCCCAAUCAGAAGAACAUGGUUCUGUCGGGAAUGUUACUGA